CCCACCUUUAAAUCCUGGCAACUUCCCAGUGCCCUUGGUCAAGGUACAAACCCAAACAGAGCCCAUACGGCAAAUUAACAGAAAGAAAGAAGAAUCUCAUCAAAACAAUGGCGUCUGUUUUCAAGGCAGGACAUACAGCUGUCAUCACGGGCGGUGCCUCCGGCAUUGGCCUCUCUCUCGCCAAGAAAUGCUUUGAGUAUGGCAUGAAGGUGCUCGUGGCGGACUGGGACGACGAGACCCUGGGGCAAGCCAGCAAGAAUGUAGGCGGUGAAAUCGGCACGAUCAAGGUGGAUGUGAGCAAGACGGACGACUGGGCGACGUUGAAGGGCAGGGUCGACAAGGACUUCAAUGGCCAGAUAAACCUGCUCGCCCUGAACGCUGGAAUCGGAUCCUCCUCGUCAUGGGAAGACCCGCAGUCCUUCCAACGAAUCAUGGACGUCAACCUCUUCGGCGUGAUUAAUGGGAUCAGUACAUUCUUACCCACCGUCAAAUCCACCGCCACGUCCUCCCCCACAGCCAUCAUCAUUACGGGCUCCAAGCAGGGCAUCACCAACCCUCCCGGAAACCCAGCCUACAACGCAAGCAAGUCCGCCGUCAAGACCCUCGCGGAGCACCUGAGCUUCGACCUGCGCGCCGAGAAGAACGUCUCCGUGCACCUGCUCGUGCCGGGCUGGACCUUCACGGGCCUGAGUGGCAACAGGCCGGGCGCGGGCAAGGAUCUGCCGAAAGGCGCGUGGUGGCCUGACCAGGUGGUGGACUUUCUUGAGGAAAAGAUGAAGGAGGGCAAAUUCUGGGUGCUUUGUCCGGAUGAUCAGGUCACCGAGGAACUGGACCGCAAGAGAAUGCUCUGGGGAGCUUCGGAUGCCAUAGAGGGCAGACCACCGCUGACGAGAUGGCGCGAUGAGUGGAAGGACAAGCACCAGAAAUGGCUGGACGAGCAGCGAUGAGAACGGAUACUGCCCGCAGGCAAGCCAGUUCACCAGCAUAAGCAGAGUUUCUGUCACCGAGCAUUGCAGAGCAGCGUUGGUAGUAUCUAAGAACAGGGGAUUGGGCAUAGCCGCUCUCGGAAGGGUCCUGGCCAAUAUACCGGUUGAUGCUAAGCCUGCCACUUUGCGCCGGCUGAAAAAAUAAUGAAAAGAUUCUUUACCAUCCACAGUGACAUGAUUGCACUUCAUGUCACCUCCUAUCCGUAACGCCACACCAUGCGUAGGCCGUGAUUGCUCCGAUACUUUUGAGCCUCGAACGAAAACGCCCUCGUAACAUCGUACUCAACAAUUGAGGCUCUUGCUGGAACCGUUCGCUUCAAACCAACAGAAUAAUAGCAUCCAACUCCAUACUGUGAUUAAACCCUCCCUGCUCAUACUGCGAAGCCCCACCAUGUGCGUAUCCAGCCCCAUCUCCCGUCACUGCCCCUUCACACCUAUCUCUGGGGAGGCACGGGCGCUGGGGGCAUAUUCCGUAU